AUGGAUCACAUGUUGAUGCUGCUGCUGCUGCUCUGCAGCUCAGGAAUCCAGGCUGAAAAAAAACACAUUUCAGCAGAGCCUGGUGACCUCAGGUUGGUGGGAGGAGCCAACCGCUGUGCUGGGAGACUGGAACUAAAACAACAAGGACAAUGGAAACCAGUGGAUGCCCUAAACUAUGAAUGGAAGCUGCCCUCAUCAGCUGAGGUGUGCAGAGAGCUGGGCUGCGGCUCUGUUGUUGCAACACAGUGGAAAGACGUUUCCUUUGACCUUGUGUGGGAGAUCAGACCUUCCUGUCUCCAGACUGCAUCUACUUUCAGGGAGUGUGUGGACACGUCGCCAAAGUACUCUAGUGACAACCUGGCUAUCACCUGUUCAGAGUCUGUGAGGCUGGUGAAUGGGAAUAGUCUGUGCUCAGGCAGAGUGGAGGUGAAGUCUGACCAGUCGUGGUCCUCAGUGUGUGAAGCUGACUUUGACCAGCAGGAUGCAGAGGUGGUCUGUAGGGAGCUUGGCUGUGGGGCUCCUUCAGUCCUCCAGGGGGCGCUCUAUGGAGAAGUGGAGGCUCCAAUGUGGACCAAAGAGUUCCAGUGUAAAGGCAGUGAGUCCUCUCUCCUGGACUGUGGAAGCUCAGGCUCAGCUAGAAACACCUGCUCACCUGGCAAAGCUGUUGGACUCACCUGCUCAGAGCCUCAUGAUAUCAGGUUGGUGGGAGGAGCCAGCCGCUGUAAUGGUACACUGGAGGUGAAACACCUAGGAGAUUGGAAACCAGUGGAUGUCUCACACGUUCAGUGGAACCUGAAGACAGCAGGUGCAGUGUGCAGAGAGCUGGACUGUGGCUCUGCUGUCUCUGCAGUAAGAAGACAGGAGUCCUCAUAUAGACCUGCAUGGAUGAUCAUAGCUUCUUGUUUGCAGUCUGGAUCCGCUCUGAGGGAAUGUUUGAAGCUUCAACUUCAAGAUACUCGUAACAGCCUAGACAUCACCUGCUCAGAGUCUGUGAGGCUGGUGAAUGGGAAUAGUCUGUGCUCAGGCAGAGUGGAGGUGAAGUCUGACCAGUCGUGGUCCUCAGUGUGUGAAGCUGACUUUGACCAGCAGGAUGCAGAGGUGGUCUGUAGGGAGCUUGGCUGUGGGCCUCCUUCAGUCCUCCAGGGGGCACUCUAUGGAGAAGCGGAGGCUCCAAUGUGGACCAAAGAGUACCAGUGUGAAGGCAAUGAGUCCUCUCUCCUGGACUGUGGAAGCUCAGGCUCAGCUAGAAACACCUGCUCACCUGGCAAAGCUGUUGGACUCACCUGCUCAGAACCUGAUGUUGUCAGGUUGGUGGGAGAAGCCAGCCGCUGUUCUGGUAGACUGGAGGUGAAACACCUGGGAGAGUGGGAACCAGUGUUGUUUACGGGCUUAGAGCAGAGCAUGCAGGAAGCAGCUGCAGUGUGCAGAGAUCUGAACUGUGGUGGUGUUGUUUCAGCAAAACAAGCAUCAGAAAUGUUAUAUAUACCUGUGUCGGAGGUCAGACUCUCCUGUCUUCAGUCUGGAUCUAGACUGAGGGAAUGUAUAGAGAUCAGGACUGCGGCUGCUUAUGCCAGACUGGAGAUCACCUGCUCAGAGUCUGUGAGGCUGGUGAAUGGGAAUAGUCUGUGCUCAGGCAGAGUGGAGGUGAAGUCUGACCAGUCGUGGUCCUCAGUGUGUGAAGCUGAAUUUGACCAGCAGGAUGCAGAGGUGGUCUGUAGGGAGCUUGGCUGUGGGGCUCCUUCAGUCCUCCAAGGGGCGCUCUAUGGAGAAGUGGAGGCUCCAAUGUGGACCAAAGAGUUUCAGUGUGAAGGCAAUGAGUCCUCUCUCCAGGACUGUGGAAGCUCAGGCUCAGCUAGAAACACCUGCUCAUCUGGCAAAGCUGUUGGACUCACCUGCUCAGAGCCUGUCAGGCUGGUGGGAGGAGGCAGCCGCUGUAAUGGCACACUAGAGAUGAAACACCUGGGAGAGUGGAGACCAGUGGCGAUGCAGUCUGAGUUGAAUCUGAAGACAGCAGCUGCCAUGUGCAGAGAGCUGGACUGUGGCUCUGCUGUGUCAGCAGAGAGGAGAAGGGGUUCCUUAUUAAGAUCUGUGUGGGAGAUCGGAUAUUUCUGUUAUCAGUCUGGAUCCUCACUGAAGGAGUGUUUAGAAAAACCAUCUCACUCCACUGACACCUUUGACAUCACCUGCUCAGAGUCUGUGAGGCUGGUGAAUGGGAAUAGUCUGUGCUCAGGCAGAGUGGAGGUGAAGUCUGACCAGUCAUGGUCCUCAGUGUGUGAAGCUGACUUUGACCAGCAGGAUGCAGAGGUGGUCUGUAGGGAGCUUGGCUGUGGGCCUCCUUCAGUCCUCCAGGGGGCGCUCUAUGGAGAAGCGGAGGCUCCAAUGUGGACCAAAGAGUUCCAGUGUGAAGGCAAUGAGUCCUCUCUCCUGGACUGUGGAAGCUCAGGCUCAGCUAGAAACACCUGCUCACCUGGCAAAGCUGUUGGACUCACCUGCUCAGAGCCUGAUGAUAUUAGGUUGGUGGGAGGAGACAGCCGCUGUAAUGGUAGACUGGAGAUGAAACACCUGGGAGUCUGGAGACCAGUGGAUGAAUUAGGUUUCGACUUGAACCUGAAGUCAACCACUGCAGUGUGCAGACAGCUGGGCUGUGGCUCUGCUGUCUCAGCAGAAAGGAGAAUAGAUCCCUUGCAUGAAUAUAAGUGGUAUCUCAGCUCUUCCUGUUUUUUGUCUGGAUCUACACUGAGGGAGUGUGUCUACUCACCACAUUUGGAGACUCGUUACAACCUGGAGAUCACCUGCUCAGGUCAGCAGGGGGCAGAAGCGAGCACAGAACCCUGAGCCGGAGAGGAGGCAGCAGCCCUGAGGAUCUCCAAGGAGCUCUUCUCCCGUCCAGACAGGUUGCCUGGCUUCCACAACAACCAAGAAUUUAAAGGCCUCUGCCAGUGAUGCUGCAGGUUUAGCAUAAUAUCUACAAAAUGUUUCUGCUAAUCUUUUUUUUUAAAUCAAGCAGUCGUAUUUUAGAACUCUGAUACCAUUUUUCUUACCUUUUAUCCAGCUGGUUUCCAUUUAUUCACUCUAUCUGAAAAUCAAGGCAUUUUAAUUAAAAGUGUUGAAAUCUUUAAUAAUCCUGCAUGAUUUGCAAAAACAGUUUGUUGAAAUGUAAAGCUGUAGUAAAUGGUCAAAAUAUUCAAAAUUACUGGUGGGUGUUUUAAGUGGAAUUAUAACACAAAAAAAAGAAUUCAGUAAUCCAUUGUCAUGUAAAGACCGCUGUCUUUUCAAACUUUGCUUUUGUUAAAUUAAAUUCUGGGAAAUAAAAACCUCACCG